AGACGGCGGCGAUCGCCGCGACGAUAAGAUCGUCGCCAUACCGACCGCGAGACCAUGAGAGCUGUCUGGUCCAUGACAACUUCGCAACAGGAGGCGAGAUACUAUGCCACCGACGCCCUCCAGCUCGCUGAGAGCCGUAUCCUCUCGCUCCUUUCACAUUUCUGCGUCUCUGGCCACGCCAAACAAGGACCAUCAUGUUCGAAUCUAUCCUGCUGAGGCCUUUCCCAAGGCCUUCGCCGUGGCCUCAACUCACGCAGGGAUCAAAAAGGUCAAGGGGGCUUUGGAUCUAGGCCUACUCGCUUCGACAUCGAAUCGACCAACCUCUGCAGCGGCAUGCAUGACGCGGAACGUUUUCAAAGCUGCGCCGGUGACUGUGACGGCGGACCUGUUGCAUUCCUCUGGCGGACGGGCUGGAGGACUGAUCAUGAAUUCUGGAUGUGCCAAUGCGGUCACUGGAAAGCAAGGAUUGGAGAACGCUUGGAGAAUGUCAAAAGGAGUCACAGAGGGAUUGCAGUCUAAUGAAGGGACGCUGGUCAUGUCGACUGGGGUCAUUGGCCAACAAGUCCCGAUUGAAAACAUUGAACACGCUAUUCCUACGCUUACUUCUAAUCUCGAGUCGACUUCUGAGUCUUGGUCUAAUCUGGCCCUGGCAUUUAUGACGACGGACACGUUUCCCAAGUUACGGACGAGGGAGUUCCAGCUCAAUGGUCAGACGAUCCGGAUGGUCGGGAUCGACAAGGGUGCAGGAAUGAUCGCUCCAUCCAUGGGUCCGCCACCUCCGCCUCACGCAACGCUCCUGGGCGUCAUUGCGACGGACGCCGCUGUAGAGCCAAAGACCUUACAGAGCGCUCUGCAAUAUGCCGUCGAUCGAAGCUUCAACUCAAUCACUGUCGAUGGGGAUAUGUCGACGAAUGAUACGAUUUUAUGCUUUGCAAAUGGUGCCGCGUCUCAGUCGGCUGUCGAGCUGGACGAGAAAACGGAUCCGGCUGGAUACAAGAUUUUCAGAGACGAGCUGAGGUCAUUGGCCGAGGAGUUGGCCCAGUUGGUCGUAAGGGAUGGUGAAGGGGCCACCAAAUUUGUGACGGUCCGGGUCAAGGGUGCGGCGACAUACGAGAUGGCCACGAAAGUCGCUCGAACGAUCGCCUCGUCUCCUUUGGUUAAAACGGCAAUGUAUGGCGAGGAUGCCAACUGGGGACGUAUCCUCUGCGCUGUCGGGUACUCGCCUGAUGCCGAGUCGACCAUCUCUCCUACGUCUGUCUCUGUCGCGUUCCAGCCUCCGUCCUCAAUGACAGAUACCACCCCUUUCAAAGUGUUAACCAACGGCGAGCCGGAGCAAGACAUCGACGAGACCCGGGCUAAAGAGGUAUUGAACCAAGAGGACAUUGAGAUAGUGGUAGAUCUAGGCUGUGGCAGUGAGGAGGUAAAAGUGUGGACCUGUGAUUUCAGUCAUGACUACGUGACCAUCAAUGGAAGUUACCGCAGCUAGAUCGACAUAGAUAGAUAUAAAUGACAUGAUGCAUAUGAAUAGAUGUGAG